CUUCGGAGAGACGGCCAGCAGAGUGGAUCGUGCUCCCAAUCCCAUUGAACCCCAUUGAAAACCAUGACAACACAGGACAAGCUCCGAUUUAUCCCGGCGCGCUAAAGCGCAUUGUGAGCAGGCGUCAAUCACGCAUUAUUUCGGACUGAACAAAUGCAAAAUCUUGACUGGAACAAAUGCUUCCAACAGGUCCGGGGCGUCGAGCUCCAUUUCCCCUUUGUCCGCGGCCUAGCAGUUGGCCUGUAUUGGGGUUGCCUCCGCCCGACCACCCAGGGCGCCGCACAGUCCCGGCGCCUCGGGCACGCUUGACAGGGAAGCUGCUGGGGAGGGUGCGCCAGGCCGGGUGGGGCGGCCGCAACUGCACGGGAGCCGGGUCCGAGUUCAGAUCAGGUGACUGCAGGAUUUCAGGUGCGGCCACCUGAGUGCCGCCGGCUCGCACGGAAAUUUAACAACCCACUACCCUAUCCACUGGCUGCGGAAGGAGAGGCUUCUGAGAGCGCGCUCGCUCGGCCCUUGGCUGAAGCGCAGCUACCGUGGAACCAUGAGCCAAGAAAAUGUGUCCGGCUCCUUGCACCUUCUACACGACCAUUUCCUCGGGAGCCCAGCCAAAAAGAGAAAGAGAGCGCGCCAGUGUUCUACGCCGCCUUGUAAAUCACUUUCCGGAUAAUUGCGGGAAACGAACACUCCAGCAAACAAGCUCGAGGAAUAAAGCUAACAAGGAAUAAAUUCCUGGGUGCUCAUAAACCCACCCAAGUCGCCCCCACCCUUCCCGGCGCUCCCGCGGGGCCAGGCUCGAAGUCAGCCCUGGAGGAGGAGGAGGAAGCCGGGACCGGAGGGCGGUGGCCACUGCUCGCCACCCAAGAUGUUAUUCUUUGGCAACAAUCCCCAUUAUCUGUCCCCACUUGGGACUAAUCAGACAGAAUCACUAAUGCGGAGGGCAGCUUCCUGCCGCCUCUGGGAGGUAACGGGGCGCCCGAGGGGCGGGGGACGGGGCGGGGCGGGGGGCGGAGGUGGCACCUUCCGGGCUCGCUGGGGCUUUGGUGCAGCACUCAUUCAGGUACUUAACACCCGGGAGACCCGGACCUCGGCUUUCAAAGCGUCCCGGGUGGGAAGAGCUGUUUAUAUAAACUGGGAUUCCACGGUAAACGCGCUAAUAUCUCGGUAGCCAGCGCAUGGCGUGCGCCUCUCACGCCCACCCAUAGGAGCGGCGUCGCGGGCCGCCCCUCGGUUCCAGAUCUGCCCUGCCCCCGCCUCCUUCCUCUGCUCGGCCAUGGCCACCUCUGGACACCUCAGCUUCACCGUGCGCAGGCUCCUGGAUUUACCAGAGCAGGAUGCGCAGCACCUGCGGAGGAGGGAGCCGGAGCUACGCGCCCCUGCGCCCGGCCCCUGCGCCACCUGGCUGGAAUCCGAGCGCGGCCACUAUCCCUCCUCGGACGAGAGCAGCCCAGAGGCCAGCCCGAGGGACUCGUCGCAGCGGCCGUCCGCUCGGCCUGCGUCUCCGGGCUCGGACUCCGAGAAGAGGAAGAAGCGGCGGGUGCUGUUCUCCAAGGCGCAGACGCUGGAGUUGGAGCGGCGCUUCCGGCAGCAGCGCUACCUGUCGGCGCCCGAGCGCGAGCAGCUGGCGCGCCUGCUGCGCCUCACGCCCACACAGGUCAAAAUCUGGUUCCAGAACCACCGCUACAAGCUGAAGCGCGCGCGCGCGCCGGGAGUGGCCGAGGCGCCCGACUUGGCCGCGGCUGCCGAGGUGCGCGCCGCGCCCGGCCUGCUGCGCCGCGUGGUGGUGCCCGUGCUGGUGCGCGACGGGCAGCCGUGCGGCGGCAGCGCCCAGGGGGGCACGGCCGCCGCCCGGGACAAGAGCACGGCGCCGCCAGCCGCCGCCUGCCCUGUGCCAGGCUACGCCGCCUUCGGGCCUGGCUCGGCUUUCGGCCUCUUCCCCGCCUACCAGCACUUAGCGCCCCCCGCCCUGGUCUCCUGGAACUGGUGAGGCAGCCGAGGGGCGCGGGCCCUGGGGGCUACGCCGGACCUGGAGUGAGCUCUGCAGCCCCAGCCGGGCUAGAGCCGGAGACCUGGAGCGAGUCCCGCCGCCCCACCUCCUUCGGCGCGGGGUCCUCUCC